AUGGCGAGCAAGCGCACAAAGACGCAACUAUCUAUCAUAUCACCUACUGGCUACUCGACCUCGACCUGCGGCUACUGCACCACGCCUGGCUCCGGAGAACGAAGCGCUACCAAGUCCAGCAAGUCGUACGGCAUCUGGGCUCAUCGUCUUUCGCCCUAUCACUACCAGAACCUCAUCGACCAGGGAUGGAGACGAUCAGGCGACUACCUCUACAAGCCGGAUCUCUUGAGGACUUGCUGCGCACAGAUCCCGAUACGUCUCGAUGCUGCUGACUUCAAGCCCAAGAAAGCGCACAAACGUGCAUUGACCAACCUGCUCUUCCGCGUCCGUCAGACCAAGCCCAAGCCGGCAAAGUGGAAAGGGAGAUGGAGCAAAGGGAGAGACUGGGACGUAGAAGGUCGUUGGAACGAGAUUGUGCCAUCGUCUGCGGCUCAGAGCACGUCCUCGAGCUCCUCGCCGACGUGGGCAGAAAGCGUGGCAGGACCCAUCACUCGCCAGCUCCAGGUGCGCCUUGCUCUGGCGAUCUCUUCCGACGAAAAGUAUCAGCUCUUUCGCAAAUACCAGGGCAAGGUUCACGGCGAAGCUGAAGAAAAGAUCAGCAGCGAGCAAGGUUUCCUUCGCUUCCUGGUUGACACGAGCCUCGCAUUAACCUGGCCGUCAACCGGUCUGCCGCUGACACCCUCGCAAGAGACGCAUUGGCGAGCCAGGAGCCUGGAUCCGGCGGAUUUGCCAGAGGAGCUGCCCUACGGCUGUUACCAUCAAGAGUACCGCUUGGAUGACAAGCUCAUUGCUGUCGGCGUGCUCGAUGUUUUGCCCAACUGCGUCAGCAGUGUCUACGUCUUCUACGAUCCCGAAUACAACGACUGGCAGCUGGGCAAGGUUUCGGCGCUGCAAGAGAUUGCACUCACCAAGCGCCUAGGUCGGCUCAAAGCCAUGCACGAGAUCACUCGAUAUUACAUGGGCUUCUACAUCCACACGUGCCAAAAGAUGAAGUACAAGGCAGAGUACCGCCCAAGUCAGCUGCUCGACUGUAGCGACAAUACCUGGCACGAUCUGGCCGACGUAGCUUCGGAUCUCGAUACAAGACGCUACUUUGCUUGGUCGCAAGAUGGUCAGCAGCAGUCGAAGGACAAGACAGAGGGCGAUAGUCAAGAGCUUGCGCAGAGCGAUGAGGAGGAUGAAAAGGGGAUUCGGGUGCCAACGCAGCCGAAGCCUCCACCAGGGAUGCUCAGUGCCACUGCGAUUCUGGAUGCUCUCCAAACGACACUGCGAGGAGCAGAUCCGCGCGAGUUGCAAGCCGAAUUAGACUUGUUGCAGCACGCCAUGGUGCUCGAAGCGCAGAAGCAGUCCGAAGGCAUCAAGCCACUUCUGAUGUCCGAUCUCUUUCGCAACUAUAUGCAAGGCGAAGGUCAAGGGGUCGGUCAUGACGAUCCCGAGUUCGUGCAGGUGGUCGAGUGUAUCGCCGCCCUCGCGAGCCCCGAGCUGGUGGCCGAGAUGGUCCUUUUCAUGUAA